AGAAGCAUUGCUAGUUUGUUUUAGUUUUUAUUUAAAACUUUCACGAUGAAAUCUUGUUCUAUCGAUUCCGGUUUCACUUCAUCAAGCUGUGGUAUUAUGCAAGCGUUCUGCUUGUGUACUGGUGGUGGAGUUUUUGGAAUUCUAGCACAGACAAGAAUGUGGUCACAGACCGCCGGUCACGCCUUGCUGUGGAUUUCCGUUUCAGCCUGGGUCAUCACGCUUUUAGGGUACAUGUCACGGGCAAGCGGAAAGCGGUGUUUUGAUGAGAACGCGACCAACGCAUUUAACUGCCUUUUCUCUGUCUUCUAUAUUGUCGGGACCAUUUGCUUUGGAAUAUUCGAGACCUGGGGCAGAGGGAAUGUUGGGGGAAGAAACUCCGACGGUCUGUUGGUUUUCAUCCUAGCUCUUCUCACGACAAUCGGAUACAGUUUAUAUGCCAUCUAUGCUAUUUACGCUUGCUGCACCAGCGAUAAAAGUGGAAAAGAUAAUAAGACAUCAGUAUCCGUAGAAAAUGGCAAAACAGAGAUUGUUUUUUUCUUCAGGAACCACAAUCUGAACAAAAGAAAAUUGAAGAAUAAGAAUUUAAAGAUUAAACAUCCUAACAUUUCGGUCUCUCUCUCUUUUUAAGCCGAGUUUUAAUCUAAACUGGAUAUGUACAUUCCUUAAAAACCUGUAUAGAAGGGGAAGUUAGGACACAUUUUAACUCUAUUUUCUCUCCUAUUGUGGUAGUAAACAAGAAACUUUUAAAUAAUAUAAAACUAGAUGCUCACGACUCCCAUAGACCGUUGUUAAUUGUUUAAAACACGAUCAGGAUAUUCGUAUAUUAUGCGCAAAAGGUGUCCCAUCUUCCCCCAUCCUUCUAUAAAUUUUACUAACCUUCCACUUCAUACAUUUACUUGUUUGGCAAUCACGGGUCUCCUUUUGUAUAGCUUUUCCUGAACGACGUUGUUUGCUCUGUAAUAAUAAUAAAAGUUAAAACAAUCAA